CGGUUGCGCACGAUCAAAUGCGCCCUGCACACCGACCGACAGUGACUCGCGGUGGUGCAAACUGACUUUGCAUUUUAUUUGCAUCUGGAGUUUGCGAGUACUAAAGUGUGAUAUAUUAUUUUUAUACCCAUUAAUUGUCGUUCAAGUAUCCAUCGACGGGAAGAUCCAACGAUGCCGUUGUACAAUGUUAAAGUAAAAUGGGGUAAGGAACUCUUUCCUAACGUUGAAGCCAACACAGAUGAAGAACCAAUGCUAUUCAAAGCCCAACUCUUUGCUUUAACUGGCGUUCAGCCUGAAAGACAAAAAGUCAUGCUGAAGGGAAUGACUUUGAAAGAUGAAGACUGGGGUAGCAUGAAACUCAGAGAGGGAGCCACUAUCUUAAUGAUGGGAUCAAAGGAGGAAGAUGUACCAGUCGAACCUACGGAGAAGCCCUUAUUUUUGGAAGACAUGAAUGAGUCCGAAUUAGCUACAGCGUUAGACUUGCCUGCAGGUUUGACUAACCUGGGGAAUACUUGUUAUCUAAACGCUACAGUUCAAUGUUUAAAAACUGUUCCGGAAUUGCGGGAAGCUUUAAAAAAGUUCUCUGGAGGGCUGGCUGCUGCUGGUAGUGCUUCGUUAGUCCCUGCACAAAGUAUUACUGCAGCUCUGAGGGAUUUGUAUGAAAUGAUGGACAAAGGAUCUUCACUACCUCCUUUAGGCUUGGUCCAAGUGUUGCAUCUGGCUUUUCCUAGAUUUGCCGAAAAAUCUGAACAUGGUCUAGGAUUUCAGCAGCAAGAUGCCAACGAAUGUUGGACUGAGUUAGUUAGAAUGCUACAACAAAAACUGCCAGCUAAGGCAGAUCCUUUAGCCAUGGAAGAUAGCGGGCAAGCUUCGAGACCACAGUCAUUGAUUGAACAAUUUUUUGGAGGGUCUUUUGAUACGGAGUUGAAAUGUGUUGAAUCUGAAGAUGAGACACCCACGAAAGGUAAAGAAGAAUUUCUGCAGUUGAGCUGUUUUAUUUCUACUGACGUGAAGUACAUGCAUUCGGGGUUGCGAUCGAAAAUGCAGGAACAGAUUACCAAGUUAUCACCAACACUGGGUCGCGAUGCUGUGUACACGAAAACAUCCAGGAUCAGCAGACUUCCGGCUUAUCUAACUGUACAGUUUGUACGCUUUUACUAUAAAGAGAAAGAGGCAAUCAAUGCCAAGAUUUUGAAAGAUGUUAAAUUUCCACUGGACUUUGAUGCUUUUGAACUCUGCUCAACCGAUCUACAAACUAAAUUGACUCCAAUGCGUGAUAGGUUCAAAGAAUAUGAAGAUAGUUUAUUGGAAGAAUCUAGGACUGUCAAAAACAAGGACGACAAGGGUGAUGGACUAAAGAAAAAUGUUGAACAACACCCAUACUGGUUUCCAGAUGACUUGGGCUCCAAUAACAGCGGAUAUUAUACGCUACAAGCAGUUUUAACGCACAGAGGACGCUCCAGUAGUAGUGGCCACUACGUUGCGUGGGUUCGUCAAAAAGGUGACACAUGGUUGAAGUGUGACGAUGAAACUGUCAGCCCAGUUACCAGCGAAGAUGUAUUGAAGCUAAGUGGAGGUGGUGAUUGGCACUGUGCUUAUGUCUUGCUGUAUGGGCCGAGAGUUCUAGAAAUACCUAUUCCAGAGAGCGACUAAUUUUCAUGUACCAAUGAUAUUGUUCGAACGCUAACGACCGGAGAGCUAGCUAAUUGGGCGAAAAGGAAAGUAGAGGUGACCAGAGAACGGAUUUUAAAGGCUUGGGUGUUGUCCUUGAUUUUUGAGGAAACUUCACCAAAACUAGGUAUCUAAAAAAUUGAAAAGAGUAUCGAAAUAAACCGUCACAGCGGUUUGAAGAUCAUAGAAGUCGUGUUAACGUUUCUUAACGAGAAUGUGCUCAAAAAUAAUAAAAAUAGCGGAGGCAUCUUCAAAGAGAUUGCUUAAAAAAAUGAAUACCAAAUGUCAAAUUGUAAAUGAAAUUCUACGACCAGUUGAAGGGUGCGGGAAUCUCGCAAGUCUAAUUUUAGCUAAAAAAAAAAACGGUCUAAAUAUCUGAAGCUUUAUUCGAAACCUGUUAAAAGAAUCCAAUUAUUGUUAUUACAACUAUUCCAAAACUGGUGGCUUGCAUCGCUUCGAUGGUACAUCAUAACAGAAAAUGAGGCACAGAAUCGGAGAUUAUGACUGCCUGUAAAAUAAUUUAUUAUUGUAAGCCUUGAACGUGUUCUUUUCUAAUAUUAAAGUAACAGCUAUUGUUUACAA